CUGUGCAUGUAAAACUAAUAUAUAACUAAUGGAAUACAGUAAUAGUUAGUGCGAGUUAUGAUUUCAUUAUUUACAUCCCAGUGAAGUUGCGUUUUGUGUUUUGUUCAUGAAGAGAUAUACAGGUAGUGGAAUGAAAACUGCAAAGUUGUCUGUGAGUCUAGAACUAGCAUCAAUAGUGUUUGACAUGUGGGGAUGUAGGUUAUGUCAGUGAUAAGGUGAUACAAGCACAAGGCACGAGAUUUAGGUAUACAGUGGCAUUUAUCUCACGGCUUAAUAAAUACACGAGACAACUGAUUUUCAUGAAACCUGCAGGAUUAAACUUUGAACGCUUGAAUGAAUGUUUAUGCAGAUCAUUAAUAUGUAUUGUGUCCUUAAUGAUUUGCAUAAAAGUGGGACAUUGCAAUAUCAAUAGCUCUUAAAGGUAUCUAUAAAAGUGUGGUAUUCUAAAUCAAAUCUAUAAAUCGACAAGUUACAGUGCAGAAUAUGGACUAAAACACAGGAUGGCUACAAAUGCACAUAUAAUGUCGUUCAUUCUAGGGCUGGUUUGCAUGGUAACAAUAACAGACGGAGUUGGAGAGCCCCCAACGGAACAACGCCUGCAUCAUUUCCUACUUCAGCGCAACUCUUACAACAAGUUGGUGAUGCCAGAGGGCAGUACGAUCAACGGAACGGCGGACAGCAAGUUGACCGUGAAACUGGGGAUGAGACUCUCGCAGUUACUCGAUGUGUCCGAGAAAAAUCAGAUUCUGACAACGAAUAUCUGGCUUCACCACGAGUGGGUUGAUAUCCGUCUUCGUUGGGACCCGCAGUUGUUCGGCGGUAUCAUGAGCACCUUUAUUCCUUCUUCAGGACUCUGGAGGCCCGACAUUACUCUAUAUAACAAUGCUGAUGGUGACUUUAUUGUGACCUUGCUCACGAAGGCCAAGGUCUUUCAUACCGGUCUGAUAGUCUGGGAGCCACCGGCAAUCUACAAGACCUAUUGUCCAAUCAACGUCGAGUAUUUCCCGUUCGAUCAACAAGAAUGCUUUAUGAAGUUUAGUUCCUGGACAUUUGAUGGGCAUCAAAUCGAUCUACAGCAUGUGCAGGCGGAGGAGGGAGUGUGGGUUGGCGACCAACUGGUGAUCAAGAACGGUGUGGACCUGUGCGACUACUACCAGAACGUCGAGUGGGACAUAAUCAAUGUCACCGCAAGGCGCAAGGAGAAGUUCUACCCUUGUUGUCCAGAGCCCUACCCAGAUAUCACCUUCAACAUCACAAUACGCCGGAGAACGUUGUUUUAUACGAUCAAUUUGAUUAUGCCGUGUGUCGCCAUCUCAGGAUUGACUGUUCUUGUGUUUUACCUUCCUAGUGAUUCUGGCGAGAAAAUUACACUGUCUAUCUCCAUUCUGCUGGCAUUGACUGUGUUUUUCUUGCUCUUGUCUGAUAUCAAUCCGCCAACUUCAAUUGUCAUUCCCUUAAUAGGAAAGUAUCUAAUGUUUACAAUGAUAGUAGUGACGUUGUCAAUAUUUUUGACGGUUUACACACUUAGUGUACAUUUCCGAUCACCGGCCACACAUAAAAUGUCACCAUGGGUGAAAUGGAUGUUUAUUGACACUCUUCCAAAGAUUAUUUUCAUGAAACGACCUCCACAACAAAAAAUGAUAAGAAGAUAUAUAAGGACUGAAAAUGGUACAGAAAUUAGAGAAACACCGAUUGGCACGCCAACCCUUCGAGAAAGACAUGACACAGUGGACUCAAACAGAAGUAACCCAAAUGAUGGCAACCUUCGAAGGCGUGCUGUUGAAUCCCCUAUUGGCAUCUACCCUCCAGAACUAAAGGAGUCGUUAACAGCAGUCAACUUUAUUGCUGAUCAUCUGCAUAAUCAAGACGUUGAAAUAUCGGAGGAGAGGGACUGGAAUUACGUUGCCAUGGUUUUGGAUCGUAUAUUUCUGAUAUUCUUCACGACUGCGUCCUUCCUUGGAACCACCAGCAUCUUCCUGCUACCUCCCACACUGUAUGAUCAUGCAGUGGCGCUCACAAAAGAUAACGUCAACUGUUCGCGUUGAUAAUUGUCCAAAUACUUAUAAUCCAAAAAUAAUAAUAACUUCUUAAUUUAGUCUGACGUCGGACAUCGACCUAUACUCAUACAAAGUGAUUUUAACGAUAGCUUUAAUAGGUAUUUAGUUCGUGUCUUUAAAGGUUGAUGAUUAAAACGCUGAAUGAACAGUGUAGAAAAGGAGUUACAGAUUAUAAGUAAUAUAUUUGAUGAGUAUGAUAGUGGUCAAAAACGAAUUCAAAACUAAAAAUCACAAUUGAUUUUAUUUAACAUAGGGGAUAUCAUGCACCAUGUAGUUAUGAAACGGUUAUUCAAUGUUUUAGAUAAGUAUUUUAUUUCUGAAACAUGUUUCCUGCGACUGUACUGUUCCAUUUGUUACAUGUUGUUGUCUAAACGUUAAUAAGAUCAUAUCGUUUGCUACUAACGGUAAUGACAGUUUUGAGUAUCAUUAAAAUGAUGCUAAUUUUUCUAUUGUCUUCAUGUUUCUAUUUAACUAUACGUGCAUUGUUUUCAUUUAGUGAAAUAAAAACUGCAUACAA